AUGUUACAGCAGCUUUGUUUCUCAAAAUGGUUAGCAGUAGGGAUUGCGGUUUCUGUUGUCUUCAUGGAUUGUUUGGCCCAGAAUGAUGAUGACUGCAAGUUGGCCAGGGCAGGUCCUCCAGCGACCAUAGUUCCAAUUGAUGAAGAAAGUCGAAACGGUACUAUCCUGGUAGACAACAUGUUGAUCAAAGGUACAGCAAGAGGACCUGAUCCCACUAUUGAACUCACAUUAAAGGACAAUGUAGACUACUGGGUUAUCUUAGAUCCUAUCAACCAGAGGCUUUAUCUAAAUAGUACUGGAAGAAUUCUGGACAGAGACCCACCAAUGUCUAUUCAGUCUAUUGUGGUCCAAGUCCAGUGCGUUAACAGAAAAGUAGGAACUAUUAUCAACCAUGAAGUUCGGAUUGUGGUGAGGGACAGAAAUGAUAACUCUCCCCAAUUCCAGCAGCAGCAGUACUAUGUAGCAGUAAAUGAGUUAACACCAGUCGGAACCACCAUCUUUACAGGAUUCUCUGGAAACAACGGUGCCACAGAUAUAGAUGACGGUCCUAAUGGCCAGAUAGAGUAUGUCAUCCAAUACAAUCCCAGCGAUCCAACAUCAAAUGGGACUUUUGAUAUUCCUCUUACAUUGUCUGGAGCAGUAGUUUUGCGUGAGAGAUUAAAUUAUGAAGAGAAGACCCGUUACUUUGUCAUUGUUCAAGCAAAUGACCGGGCUCAAAAUCUUAUCGAACGAAGAACAAGUACAACCACCCUCACUGUUGAUGUUCUUGAUGGGGAUGACCUUGGACCCAUGUUCCUUCCAUGUAUAUUAGUUUAUAAUACUCGAGACUGUCGGCCACUCACAUACCAGGCUAGUUUGCCAGAGCUUACUGCCCCUGCACGUGUGAACCCAAUCAAUGUCAUGCCACCAAUACAAGCUAUAGAUCAGGACCGAAACAUACAGCCUUCUUCUGAUCGGCCAGGGAUUCUGUAUUUCCUUCUAGUCGGGACUCCUGAGGAUUAUUCACAGUAUUUCAGUAUGAAUGUGACAACAGCUGAGCUCAGCCUCCUCAAGCCAAUAAACAGGGAUUUUCACCAGAAAUUUGAUUUGGUUGUCAAGGCAGAGCAAGAUAAUGGCCAUCCUCUUCCUGCUUUUGCCAACCUACACAUUGAAGUUUUGGAUGAAAACAACCAGUACCCAUACUUCACAGAAUCCAUGUAUGAGGGCUUUAUUCUCGAGUCCUCCCCUGUGGGUACAACCAUUGCUGAUAACCAGAAUUUGACAUCUGCACUGAAAAUCAUAGCUUUGGAUAACGACAUAGAAGAGACUAAAGAUCCUGAGCUCCAUCUUUUUCUAAAUGACUAUAAUACAUUUUUUACUGUGACUCAGACUGGCAUAACACGCUACCUCACCUUACUUCAGCCAGUUGACAGGGAGCUCCAACAGCUAUACACCUUUUCGAUCACAGCUUCUGAUGGUGUUCAAGAAAGCACACCAGUCACAGUCAACAUUAUUGUGAUGGAUGCAAAUGACAACACCCCAGCCUUCUCCAACAUAUCAUACAAUGUCAAGAUUUACACAGACAUGAGGCCUGGAGAAAGUGUCAUCAAGCUCACUGCCAUGGAUGCAGAUGAAGGGCCAAAUGGGCAAAUCAUAUAUGAAAUCCUGGCUGGGGAUCAGGGUGACUUCAUAAUCAAUGAACAAACAGGCCUUAUCACCAUUGCGUCUGGAGUUGUAUUGUCGGUGGGGCGCUCUUAUGCUCUCACUGUCAAAGCAUCUGACAAUGCUCCACUUGCACAGAGAAGGAGCUCCAUCACUACUGUUUACAUUGAGGUCCUUCCUCCAAACAAUCAGAGCCCACCUCGCUUUCCCCAGCAGAUGUACAGUCUUGAAAUAAGUGAGGCUAUGAGAAUUGGUGCCAUUUUGCUAAAUUUGCAGGCAACUGAUCGAGAAGGCGACCCUAUAUUAUACGUUAUCCAGAAUGGAGAUCCUCAGCAAGUAUUUAACCUUUCUCGAACAUCGGGGCUGCUAGCCUUAGGAAAACCUUUAGACAGAGAAAGCACUGAUCGCUACAUUUUGAUUGUUACAGCCUCAGAUGGCCGACCAGAUGGGACAUCAACGGCUACAGUGAAUGUAGUUGUAACAGAUGUAAAUGACAAUGGGCCAAUCUUUGAUCCUUUUCUUCCUAAGAACCUAACAGUACAAGAAGAGGAAGCCAAUGCAUUUGUUGGUCAAGUGAGGGCAACUGAUCCUGAUGCUGGAAUCAAUGGCCAAGUCCGCUAUAGUUUGGCAAACUUUAACCAUCUUUUUCGCAUCACAUCUAAUGGCAGUAUUUAUACAUCAGUAAAGCUAAACAGAGAAAAAAGGGACUAUUACGAACUCAUUGUUGAAGCCACAGAUGGAGCUGUAGAUGCUCGUCGUACAACAUUAACUCUGGGAAUCAAAGUCGUGGAUAUAGAUGACAAUAGCCCGGUGUUUACUAAUGCCUCCUAUACAGUGUCUAUUCCUGAAAACCUGCUCCCAGGCACAGUAUUCCUACAUUUAGAGGCUAAGGAUGUCGACCUUGGGUCAAAUAUUACUUAUGGAAUAAGAACCCAAGAAGCACGGCAGUUUUUUUCCUUGAACAAGUUUACUGGAGAGCUCUCACUUUUAAAGUCCUUGGAUUUUGAGUCAUUUGCUGGAAUGGAUGCAACGUUUACGUUUUUAGUGGAGGCCUUCGAUAUUGGGGGAACAAUGCCUCCAGGUCUUGCUACAGUGACAGUGAGAAUAAGGGAUAUGAAUGAUUACUCCCCAGUAUUCAGCAAACCCUUAUACAGGGGAAUGGUUGCUCCUGAUGCAGUCAAGGGCACUGUUAUCACAACCGUUUCAGCUGUGGAUCAGGACCCCCCGGGGACGCCAGCAAGUCUAGUGAGGUAUAAAGUCGAUGUUGUCCAGUUCCCUUAUAGUGCAAGUAUCUUUGAUGUUGAAGAAGAUUCUGGGCGUGUAGUAACUCGUGUGAACCUUAACGAAGAGCCCAGCAUGUUAUUUAAGCUUGUAGUUAUCGCUUAUGAUGAUGGUGACCCUGUGAAGUUCAACACCACCACUGUAGAAAUUACCGUAUUGCAGCCCUCAGUAAUUCCACGGUUUACCCAGGAUGAAUAUAGGCCUCCUCCUGUGAGUGAAGGUGCACCCAAAGGAACUCAGGUGGCUGUUAUAACUGCUGCUGCCUUGAAUCAAACAAUUGUCUAUUCCAUUGUUUCAGGAAAUGAAGAUGGUGUAUUUGCCAUUAAUAACAGAACAGGUGUCAUCUCCAUCAAUAAAUCUCUGGACUACGAAGCUGUGAAAAACUAUGUGCUUCGUGUGCAAGCAGACUCACUACAAGUGAUUCGGUCCAAUUUGCCUGUGCCAUCUAAAAGUAAUACUGCCAAGGUGAUCAUUGAUGUACAGGAUGAAAAUGACCAUGCUCCUGUCUUCACCAAAAAACUCUACAUAGGAGGCGUGUCUGAAGAUAAUAGAAUGUUUGCUUCCGUGAUGAUAGUGAAGGCUAUUGAUAAAGACACCGGCAACUACAGUGCUAUGCAGUAUAGACUAAUCAUCCCUCCAAUCAAGGAUGGCAAAGAGGGCUUUGUGAUUGAACCCUAUACAGGAAUCAUCAAGACAGCUAUGCUCUUCAAAAACAUGAGGCGGUCUUAUUUCAAGUUUCAAGUCAUUGCCACUGACAACUAUGGGAAAGGGCUGAGCAACAAAUCAGAUGUACUGGUCUCUGUCGUCAAUCAGUUGGAUAUGCAGGUCAUUGUCUCAAAUGUUCCUCCUACACUUGUGGAACAAAGCAAGGAUCAGCUGAUCGGGAUUUUGGAACGCUAUGUUCAAGACCAGAUUCCUGGUGCAAAAGUUGUGGUAGAAUCCAUUGGUGCUCGUAGAUAUGGAGAUGGUUAUUCAGAAGAAGAUUAUUCAAAAUCUGAUCUUAUGGUCUAUGCCAUUGACCCUCAAACAAACCGUGCUAUAAUGAGGAACGAGCUUUUCAAGUUUCUAGAUGGCAAACUUCUAGAUAUCAAUAAAGAGUUUCAGCCAUAUCUUGGGCAAGGAGGACGCAUUUUGGAAAUCCGCACUCCAGAUGUGGUGGCCAAUGUCAAGAAGCAGGCACAAGCCGUAGGCUACACAGAAGGAGCAUUGCUGGCUCUUGCUGUCAUCAUCAUCCUAUGUUGCAUGCCUGCUAUUUUAAUAGUUAUGGUCAGCUACAGGCAAUUUAAAGAGAGACAAGCUGAAUGCGCAAAGACAGCUCGAAUCCAGAUGGCCUUACCAGCUGGCAAGCCAGCAAGUGCUCCUGCCAAUAAUCUGUAUGAAGAACUCGGCGACAGCACCAUGCAUCAUCUUUUUCUUCUCUACCAUUUUCAACAAAGCAGGGGAAAAAAGUCAGUGUUUGAAGAAGGAGACCGUCAGAGAGCUAUUAGCAGCUUUGCUUCUCGCGCCAUUGAGGCACACAAGCAAUCAAAUAUUAAUGGAACACUGAGCAAUAACCUACCCAAAUCUGCAAGUAACGUUACGUUUUUAUCUGAUGAGAACCCAUUAACAACUCAAAACCCCCUGUACAUGGAGGGCACAGGGGUUCUGCAAGAAAGGGAAGAUUUUCUAGCCCCACUUCCUCCUAGAAGACUAGCACUGAAAGAUGUUCUGAAAGGGUGGCCUUUGGGAAACAUUCAUCGAGCAUGGACUUUACCUACUCACAUUACCAGAAAACAUGUUUCUGAUGCUUUGAGUAGGGCCGUCAUCAUGGAUCCAAUUCAAUGGGAGCAGGAGAGAAAUAGAGCAGAGAGGGAAAGAGCUGAAAUCCAGCACAGCAGUCCAGUCUUCAGAAAGAUCAUUGGCACCAAAUUAUCUGUCAAAGAGAAGGCAAGACAGUUCGAGCAGCAGGCUCUUCAGGAAAUGAAACAAGUGAAAUCCCGAGAGAUUAAAAGUUUACGUUCACCAACACACAGCAGCUGUACCCAAGAGGGAGAGAGCACACUAGAGAUGUCUUCUGAGCAUUUUCUUCUAUCAGACCACCUUUCACCUCCUUCUGCAUCCGUUACCCCUUGCUCUGAGGUGGUUGAAUGGGAAACACCUUCAAUACCAUCUGUAAUCAUCACACAUCAUGACACUUCUGAACAGUCAUCCCCUCCACCAUGUCACAAGCCUCCUACUCCUUCAUUGAGGACCAAAAUACCCACUCACCUAAACCUCUUGAGCACUCAGUCUGAAACAGAAAUCAUAGAAAGCAUUCCAGACCCACCCAAAACCCCUCCUCCCCCACCACCUCCUCCCCCUCCCCCAACUCCUCCCCCAUUGCCACCUCAGCUUCCUUCUCCUCCUGCUCUUUCUUUGUCCUCUUCAUCAUCUACCUUAAGCUCUCAGCACCUGACUCCUGCAAAACUUAUCAAGUCCCCCUCCAAACAAGAGGCGUCCUCACAGGCUUGUGUGCCUGAUGCCCCUCCCCUUCCUCGGAGGGAGCUGAAGGGGAUUCUUAAAAAUAUUCAGAACUUAGCAGAUAUUGAAAAAUCAGUGGCCAAUAUGUACAGUCAAAUAGACAAAAACCAUGUGCUACCUAAACACAUCGCCAAGCUGAAACCUGUUCCAACACCAGAUCUACCAAAUACUGAGACUGUUUCUGAGCACAGCCACCAGAACGGCAACUUGAGCUGCAUAGUGGAAGAACUUGAAAAACGAUUCCCAUCUCAGUCCACUGCAUUAUGA